GAUAAAACUCGCUGGGAGGCGGAACCGCCCUUCCUCGAGGUCCCGCCGAUGACCGCCACGAGCGCCUCAGAGCAUCGCAACUAGCUUUGGGAUCGCUCGAUUUAUACAUCCUCGCACCACCGGCUCGCCGCGGGUUCGAUGGCGGCAAAUCAGCACAUCGACCUAUCCGCUGUCAGCACGAGCGGCAGUGGCGACGAUGACAGCGAUAUUGGCACCACUGCAGCGGCAACACUAGUCGCGAGCACCUUGAAAGUUAUCAGCGCUGUUGAGCAGUGCGCGAGCUGGCGCCGUGCGGGGGCAGUCCAGAAGUCCAGGCCCAGAUCCGCAGCCAUGCGGUACGUGCUGAGGGUGAAGCUCAGCACCGUAGCGGCCAGCCGCACGCUGUGGCCCACCGAAGUCCCAUCCAGUAGCAGCACGAACAGCGGCACCAGCAGGAGGUGAGAAAUGCGCGACCUUGCGUGGGGGAUGUGGGGGGUAUAGUUUUGGUGUUAGGAUAAAGGGCUGUCUCACCACGCUUGGCACGCAUGCUUGACUGCAGUGCGUGCUUCGUUUGAGUUGUAGAACGUAGCAGAUUUCACGAGUAUGCGGUACGCGCUCUUGGACAUCCUGCUGGGUAAAGCGGCAUGCAGCAUUGCGAUGCACCUGUGGUGGCGGUGGCACUGGCCCGGCUGCGGCUGCGGCUGCAGACCGGAGCCCAGCGGCGGCAUCCGCAUGCGGAGCGGAGGGAGCAGGCAACACCUCGUGGUGGAGGACAGCGUAGCGCCGCUGGAAAGGCGGUGCUGGCGUGCAUGUCACGGCCGGUCGGCGCUUGGUUGUGGGUAGGGGCGAGCACAGCAUUUGGUGUACAAUAUCAGCAGCCUAAUGACGGCUGUAUGACGGCGGUUUGAAUGUAUGUGGAUGUGUAGCAGGAGUGCUACUAGAAGCCCGCUUCUGGGCGCUCAUCUGCUGCGUGAAAGUACUUGUGGACGCCGGAGAAGAGGAUCUGCUGGGCCCAACGUAGGCAGACGGGCGGGAACAUAGAGCGCAAAACCUUUAGACCGCAGUUUCGUGUACGGUAUGUUGAGUAAAAUCCAUUCGGGGACGCGGUGUGCCGGAUGCCGCGCCGGUGUUCCUGACGCCGUGACUUCCAGAGGCGGUAUGGUAAAGACGGUAACGGCUCCGUGUGAGUUGGAGCCACAGUUACGUGUGUGCAGCGCGCCGAGCUCGGUUUCGCAGUGGGGGCUAUAGGGCCUUAGGUGCUGACGUUUUGUCAGGUUGGCGUUGAGUUCUGCUUUGGCUGCAGGUGUUGGGUCAAGGUUGGUCUGGGGGCCAUGCCUGCCUCGUCCGGCCGUACGUGGUCCGGGACGGAGGUGGUGCCAAGCAACCCGGUCUCACCCUGGGCGUGCCCAUACACGCGGCACCGUCCAAAGCCCAAACCACCCCAAAUUCCUAUGCAGGGCAUAUGUAUGCUAUGAAUAAUAGCUGAAAUUGGGCCUGGGGUGACCUGUCCGCUCGCUGCGCUCGCGAAAUGCAGCGACAUGCCCCGACUAUGUGCACGAAGGAGUGUAUGUGGUGGCACAGUUAUUGCAGGCGGCGCUGGCCGGGGGAGGCACUGCUGGCAAAGGGCCUGGGGAUGGGGGUGGGGCACGCCGGCGUUAGGGUGCACGGGAUGCUGCGCAGUUGCUGCGUCAUGCAGGUGGCAGAAGGGCUAAGAGAGGGGUAUGCAAGGGAUAUGUGGAAGCCCGGUCGCAGCACAUGCAACGGGGCGUCAGGUUCACUUGGAAAGACUGCG